AUGGUUUCUGCGCUUUUGCUGCUCACAGCCGUGGUCGUGGGUCUGUUGGCCGGCCCGGACCCCGUUAUAGGCGCGCUCACCUCGAGCUUACAGAGUAUCUUGAAAAACACCCACGGCAGCAAAGAGUAUGAAUAUCCCACCGAUAUCACAAGGGACAUCUAUCCGAUUCCCGUACACUCUCAUAAUGACUACUGGAGAGAUGAACCUUUCUAUACCGGUCUGUCAAAGGGCUGCACGUCCACUGAAGCCGACGUUUGGCUGUAUAAUGGUACCCUCUAUGUUGGACACGAUCAAUCUGCUCUGACAGAGGAGCGGACUCUCGAGGCCCUCUACAUCAACCCGAUUUUGGACGUUUUGGAUCGCCAGAACCCCGACAGCCCCUUUGUGACAGAGCCCACCAAGAACGGUGUCUGGGAUACGACCCCCGAUCAAACACUCUACUUUUUCAUCGACGUGAAGACUUCUGGUCCCGAGACCUUCAAGGCCGUCAUUGAAGCCCUGAAGCCCCUUCGUGAGAAGGGCUAUUUGACCACUCUCAAGGGAGGUAGAACCAUGACGAAUGGCGCUGUCACCAUCAUCGGCACGGGCGAAACCCCACUCGACAUGGUCGCGCCCGUCAAGGAUCGUGACUAUUUCUUUGAUGCGCCUCUUGCCGAUCUCAAUGAUCGCAAAUAUAAAGAUAUUACGGGACUGGUCUCUCCUAUCGCGUCUACAGACUUUGCCGCCGCGGUGGGAAAAAUCACCGUCGACACUGACCCUAUCCUCUCAGAGGACCAGCUCAAGGCUCUCCGUGAUCAAAUCGCCACGGCUGAGAAGCGCGGAAUUGGUGCGAGAUAUUGGAACACGCCCGUCUGGCCCAUCCGGCAGCGUAACCUCGUUUGGAGGACGCUUCUGCGCGAGGGAGUUACUCUCCUUAAUGCGGAUGAUCUGGAUGCAGUGACUGCAGAGUUCUAA